AUGAGAGUUUGGUCUCAUAGACCAAAGUGCAUGCGAAAAUCCGAGGAUCAUGACUUUUACUGCAUCUUCACGAGCACGGCUUUCGCGAAUGGACGGGGCAUCUCCAUCUUCACGGACCCAGCUACCGCAAAGUCAAUUGCAGGACUACCGGCGUUCACAAACCCCGAAACCGUAGCUCAUAUCAAUGACGAGUCCGGAUCUCCGUUCGAGAAGAGGGCUCUUCCUGGAAGGGGGUUUGGGCUGGUUGCAACACGGCCGUUCCACCGAGGGGAUUCGGUUUUCUCCCAUACUCCGGUAUACAUGGUCAAUGAUCAGACCUAUGAGGCGUUGAAUGAAGAGGAUCGAUUGGAAAUGCAGCAGGAAGCAGUUAGACGAUUACCUCCGGGAACACGGGACCUAUAUUUGGAGCUCCAUGGGCAUUUCGGUGGUGAUGCCAUUGACGAUAGGCUUAACACGAAUUCUUUCUAUGUCGAGCUUGAUUCGGAUCGUGAUGAGAAGCACAACAUUAUGCUCCCAGAGACAUCGCGGAUAAAUCACGAUUGUAGGCCAAAUAGCCACUAUUGGUUCGAUCCUGACACCCUGACACACCAUGUCCACGCGCUCCGGGAUAUUCAAAUCGGCGAGGAGCUCUCCAUUUCAUAUAUUGACCCGACCCUCACCCGCAGCACGAGACAAGCGGUAUUGAAAAAUGGCUGGGGCUUCGACUGCAGUUGCUCGGCAUGCACGCAGCGAGAGAUAUUCACGGCGGCUUCCGAUCACCGACUCGACGCCAUCGAUUUCCUUACCAAGGAGCUUGCCAACCGAACAGAGGCAUCUACUGCGUCCCCGGAAACGGCGGAGCUGCUCGUGUCACUGUGCGAGCAGGAGAGGUUGGAUGGCCCGAUUGCUGACGCGUACACGUAUGCCGCGAUAGAAUAUAAUGGGGUGGGCGAUCACCGAACCGCUCAAAAAUAUGCCAUGUUGGCGAUUGAACGAGGGUUGCUAUAUUCCGGCGAGAAGGACUCGGAUGUCAUUGCGAUGUACCGGUUGAUGGCGGACCCUCAAAAUCACUGGAGCUGGAUGUAUAGGAGAAGUAGGCAUGAUCCGUGA